GCGUGGCGGGCCGUGGCCAGCAGCCCAGACACACCGGGUCAGGGAAGACAGGCGGCACGCUAGAAUUAGGCACGGACGCUUAGUGGUUGAUUUAAGAUUAUUUUACUUACACCAAAGAUGGUCGCGGUGCAGGCAGGAAAACUUGCUUGAGUUGCAGUUACAAAACAAAACAAAAAACUCGAACCUGCAGAACAUGAGGGUACGUCACAAUGGGGUUUCGGCGACAGGAGAUGAACAAAAACCUCGAGAGUACAUCGCAAUGGGGUUUCGGCGACGGGAAGAAAAAAAACUGCAGGACUCAAACCCUGGGUAGAGCUCUGGAUUCACUCUCACGAAGUUUGCUAGGUUCUGUGGAACUUGCAUGCAGGGAAAGGUACGUCGAGGGAUUGGGCAGCAACGGGGAGAGGCGAGAGGUUGAUCAGACCCCUAUAGCCUUCUUGAGAUACACGCUGGGUCCGAUAGGCUCCGCAGCGCUUAGAGAUCUUCACGAGACGUGAAGUUCUCCUCCUCCUGAUAGUUGUGGAGUCCUCCAACUUGGGCGGAAACCACUCAAGCCUCUUAUACGGCUAGCAAGCCAAUCGCUAGCCGCCACGUAGGAAUAAUUUAGAACUGGCCAAUAGUGGGGAACGAAUCUGAAUACAAAUGGCGGGAACUCCUUGCAACGUGCAUUUCCUUUCUGCAGCUAAGAAAUGCACCCUGCAAAGAAAGCUCUGAGUGGCGGGAAAUAAUUUAGCAGUGCCGAAGCACACACAAACAAAAAUCACACCCUUGGGUUGUGACAAGAUUCACAUGGAGAAUAAGUUGAGUAGGCUGGUGAGGUCCAUCUGGAGUGAAAAGAAUCUGUUAAAAGGAAAAGGAAGCCUGGCAGCUGAAAGGGGUAAGGCAUAGGCAGUGAAGCAAGGUCAUGAGAUGAGAACAGAGAGUAUGACGGUGUAAUGCAGAGAUCAGCUCCCCAAAGUUCAUGGAGGUCUUGCCCAUGUGGGGCUGAAGCCAGAGGGUGGUGAUGUGAGCAUUACACAUUCCACCAUUUACUUGGUCCUUGUUGUGCCUCUGGUCAGACUGUAUUGACCAAAACAUGGUUGGUUCCAUUAGCCCUGCAGCACCAGCGCUGCUCUGAAUGAGGGGACUGGCUGCCUCACGCACCAUCAGAAACAUUGUCAGCUACAUUCCAGCUGCAGAAUCUGAAUUUCUGGCCAUAAUGGAGGAGGCAGAGAGAACAGGGCUAAGCAUCUGACUCCCAGGGAAAGCUUGCAGCAUCUGCAAUUUAGGGAGGGGGGAGUCCAUGAGGUUUGUUGGAAAGUAAUAGGGGAAGAGACCUAGAAAGUGCUUCACCUUCCUAUCACCAAGUGCAUCUCCCAUUCAGUUCCCUCCCUCCCAUUCCCUUGGAGAGUAUCUCAAAACUGAAGCAAGCUACUUUGGGAGAGAAGGCCUGAUCAUGUAUGUCUGCUGGUGGCACUCUGCUCAGCAAGACUCCUUAGUGUGAAGAUGCUGAUGGUGCGUGAGCAUGGUGUGGGGAGGUCAUUAUAUCACAUCACUGCCCUGCGUCCUUUUAACUUGGCUCGUGGCUCAGUUUGGUUAUGCAUACAGAUCUAUAACACUCCUUCUUCCCCUCUCCCUUGUGUGUGUGGUCACCAGUCAUGUGAUGUAGGAGGAAAGCGGUGAUGAUAUGGAAUGUGGUCAGCUGCCUUCAGACAUUCUCCGACAGGUGAAGAUUCAACGUGACCCCAACUACGGCUUUGGUUUCGUGGCCGGCAGUGAGAAGCCAGUGGUGGUACGAUCUGUGACAACAGGAGGCCCCUCUGAGGAUAAGCUCCUAGCAGGAGACCAGAUUCUGGCCAUAAACGAUGAGGAUGUGAGUGAAGCUCCCAGAGGGAGAUUCAUUGAGCUUGUCAGGAGUGCCAAGGACUUCAUUAUCCUCACUGUGCUGCAGACCCAUCAGUCCCCCAAAUCUGCUUUCAUCAGUGCAGCCAAGAAGGCAAAACUGAGGUCCAACCCUGUGAAGGUCCGAUUUUCCGAACAGGUGACAGUUGGUGAGACAGACCCAGACAUGUUGAAGAAAGAAGCUCUCCUCCUCAUCCCCAACGUUUUGAAGGUUUUCCUGGAGAACGGGCAGAUCAAGUCAUUCACAUUUGAUGGCCGGACAACCGUCAAGGAUGUGAUGGUGACACUACAGGACCGCCUCUCCUUGAGACACAUUGAGCAUUUUGCCCUCGUCCUGGAGUACUCCAGCCCAGAGCAGAGCCACAAGUUCCUUCUCCUUCAGGACAAGCAGCCCCUGGCUCAUGUGGUGCAGAGGACCCACUAUCAGGGCAUGAGAUGCCUCUUCCGUGUGAGCUUCUUCCCCAAGGAUCCAGUGGAACUGCUGCGUCGAGACCCAGCAGCAUUUGAGUAUCUGUACAUCCAGAGCCGCAAUGACGUGAUCAGAGAGCGCUUUGGGAUGGACCCCAAACCAGAGAUGCUGCUGGGUUUGGCUGCCCUCCACAUCUACAUCACCGUUGCCGCCACCCGGCCCAGCCAGAAGGUGUCCCUCAAAAAUGUGGAGAAGGAGUGGGGCCUGGAACCAUUCCUGCCUCCCUCGCUUCUGCAGCUCAUCAGGGAGAAGAGCCUUCGGAAAUCUCUCUCACAGCAGCUGAAAGCCCAUCAGAACCAGCCACCUGGUGGCAGCAAGGUGUCAACCACCCAGGCAAAGCUUCAGUACCUGCGGAUCUUAAAUGAACUUCCGACCUUUGCAGGAGUCCUCUUCAACACAGUGGGACUGGAUGAGAAGCAGCCAGCCACUACGCUCCUUGUGGGUCCCCGUCAUGGAAUCAGCCAUGUCAUUGACCUCAAGACCAACCUCACCACAGUGCUGUCGGAGUUCAGCAAGGUCAGCAAGAUCCAGCUGUUCAGGGAGAACCAGGGCGUGGCGCGGGUCGAGACAAGCAUCCUGGAUGCCAAGCCCCUAGUGCUGCUGAUGGAGUGGCCUGAAGCCACCAACUUCGCCUGCCUGAUAGCAGGUUACUGCCGGCUCCUGGUGGACUCCAAGAAGAUGAUAUUCUCUCGGCCUCCCAGUCAGCCGCCACCUCCUCAGAUUAUCAAGGCAGAUUACAUCAAUGCGCACAACAUCCACCGGCCCACUGCAACGGGGCAUGUGGGAAAGAAAGAGAGCGGGUUCUUGGGUGGUGCUGCCUCCGGCCCUGGGGAGCCCAACCCUCGAGUUUCCAAGGCAUCGGACUCGGAGCUCGUCAGCUUUUGUUACCUGCACAUGCGGGAACAGAGGAAGGAACGAGAGAACAGGACGGACAUCAAUGAAAACCUGAUCUUCUUUGAGGAAACUAGGCCCAGGACCAAAUCCGACCCUACUUCCAAAAGCUCUGGCCAAGGCUACGACAGUGCUGCCAAUGAGUACAACCCAGAUGGCCUCGAUCGGGACCGCCAUGCAAUGAGGGCAAGGGCCAACACUAUGGACAGCCACACAAGGAAUGACACCAUGCACUUCUAUUGUGACUCCUGCAAAACCAAAAUCAAGAGCAGGCUGGCUUCCCGGAAAGGCAGCAAGCCUGGCAGCUCCCGUGACAACAUGGUUGAUUUGAUGUCCCUUCCUCCUCCAGGGAGCGACGAGGAAGAGGAUGAGACCACUGCCUUGCUUCCUGCGAUAGCUGCUCCACCUCCUGGCUUUCGAGAUAACAGCUCUGAUGAGGAUGACCCCAAGCGCCGGGCUGCUGCACAGAGCCAGGAGCAGGGCCGGCACCUCUGCGGAAUCCUGUACGAUGAGAUCCCAGUGACCCUCAUAGACAGUGUGCAGACACGUACUGUCCGAGACCAUGCUCAGGAGCUGGACGAUGCCCUGGUGUCAACCCUGCAGGCUCUGGAAGCCCUGGCUGCUUCAGAGGAUUGUCCACACCCCCAGCCACAGCAGACAGCAGGUCUGAUUGUUCUGGCUGCCAUCACCCCUGAAUCAUCCUUGGAUUCUGGCCAUGAAACAAACUCUUCUGAGCUGACUGAUGUCUCAGAGAUGGUCUCAGCUAUGAAGCAGCACCAGAAUGCAGCCUACUUCCUGGCCCAGCACAUCAACAAAGAAAACCUGCUCACCAGGAAGGACCUUCCUUUCCGUAUCCAGAGCUGCACAGCCCAGGCUGUGCUUACUUCUCCCUACCCCUUUGCAUGCCAGGAGCCAGGCCCAUCAUUGAAACCAGCUUUCUCUAACCAAAGCCCCAGUCUCACUAAUGGCAGGAGUAAACAGGAGCAGCAGCACAUGGAGCGGAGCUACACCCUGGCUGUCCAGCCAAUGUUGUCCCCCCAGCUUAAUGAGCAGAACAGGAGUGUGUUGGUACCAGGCUCUGAGUGCAAAGGUGCCAGCCUCUCUAAAGCUGCCUUUGAGGUGUCACUGCAUGCUGCGGCUGCUGCCUUGAGUGGAGAGCAGGUGAAAGACCUACGAGAGAAGAUACCCAAAGAAGUCCGGCUGAGCCCUAAGCUAAUUCUGGACCCUAAGAGUGGCAUGACGCCUGCCAUCAUUUCAGCUGCUUUGCAGCAAGCUGCUAACAAUAAGGGUUUGCCUUCCCAAGGGGCAGCCAUGAUGGCAACUCUAAAAGAAGACAAGCAAACCAAUGGGACCAAAAGCUGUGAAGCAUCUAGCAGCAAACAUUUAAAAUUAAAAGGGAGUGAGCUAGCUAUAGAGACUUUAUGCAAUUGCCAACAACAGCAGCAGCCUCAACAGCAGCAGCCUCAACAGCCACAAGAUGAAGCCUGUCCAAGCCCUAAAGAAUCUGCAGGCAGUAGGGUCGAAGAGUUCCAUCUCUCCCCGGUGGGCAAUGAAAAGCUGCCCACCAAGUCAUUUCCCUCCAAGAGCUAUCAGCAAAAAGGAAGCCAAGAUCCUUCAGGGAAGCCAGCAAGCAGGGAGGCAAGUCAGAAGGCAGGAAGUGAUGCUACAAACCAUGCCUUUCAGAAACACGUUGUUCCUUUGAACCAAGGGGAGAAUACACAACAUGAGAGUUCUGUCAAAAGCUUCAAAGCUGAAAGUAGUGGUCUGCUCUCUGCCUCUCCAAGUAGCACCUUCAGGACCACCAGUGAGGAUCCCAAAGGGCAGAUCCAGCUGGUGCCCAGGUCUGAGAGCCUACAGAUUAGCACUGUGCCUUCCAAGAAAUCAGAAAAAGUCCUGGAGGUGACUUCACCAGAUGUUGAUGUCCCAGCUAAACCCAAAGUCCCCAAAGCCCCCUUCAGGUUGAAGAACCUCUUUUCUGCUACCUUCCCAACGCGGCUGAAGAAAGAGACAGAUGAGCGGCAGGCCCAGCUGCAGAAGGUGAAACAGUAUGAGCUGGAGUUCCUAGAAGAGCUGCUCAAGCCAAAGACAAAAGGUGAUGUCCCUCCACAGGAGUACCUGCACCCUUCCAUACCUGGGCGCUGCAGCUGUCAGCUGAGGAGCAGCCCUGUGCAGAAGGUCCCAGGGAUGUCCAGAGAACAGAGGCGCAGCUGUGACUGCAAGCGGAUUUGCAGAGGGGUGAGGCCACUCCCAAACCAGUUGGUGGCACCAGAAGCAGAGAGACAAGGGAGGGAGAAGGCCACAGAUGACCAGAAGCAGACAGAAGCAGUUAGGCUUUCAAGCACGAGCAGCCCAUCCAAUGGCAGGCGGAUACGAUCCAUGAGCUUAGAGUCCAGGGACUGCCGAUCGGAUCCAGAGAACAGUGUAUCUUGUUUGACAACAUGCACUUCCCGUGGAGAGUGCAUGGGGGCACCGCAUUACAAGAAGCUCAUGCGCCACUACAGUGUCAGUGAGAUAGACAAGACUGACCGAACAUCUCUCUCCUCUGACAUCUACCAGAAUGUCUAUCCAGCAAAGCAGAAAGGUCUGCAGAAGGAGAUAGACCCCAGCAUCCAUGGCUGUGCUCUGAAGAGCAAGGUACAGGAAUCCCCACGAGGAGGUGACCCAUCUUACGUUCAGAUUGCACAGGAAAAGAAGAACCAGAAGAGCUCAGCAGUCUUCUCUGUCCAGGAGGAGAUGUACCCAAGUCAUGCUGAGCUUCAGGAUGAAGACAUGGAGGAUGAGAAGUGUUGCUCCAUCCGGUAUUGCUUCUACUACAGGAAGUGUGAUGUGGCAGAUGAUGGGAGUGAGAAGGAUGAGCUAUCCUACUCUAUCCCCAUGCAGAUCCUCCCUGGCAUGAAGCUGGAAAAUCAGAUGGUCCCAGUCAUGAGCAGGACACUCCAGGUUCUGGAUGCCACUGCCUGCAGCAGUCCUGAUGACAGCCAGACCCAGGAAAUAGACUUAAGGACCUCCACCUUUGAAGGGAGCCUGGCUAAGAUAAGUGCCCUGCGAGGCCAUGUGUACUCAUUGCCAGAUGGGUUUCUGCAAGUGCAGCUAGAUACGAAUGAGCUCCUGACCAUUCUAAGGCAGUGUGUGGUGAGCCCUGAACUUUGGGACUGCAAAACCUACAUCUCCCAGCUCGCUGAGUACAAGCAAGAGCUGGCCCUGAAGUUCAAGGAGUUUAGGGCCUCCUGCCGCAGGGUGGCAGCUGUUGAUAAGAGCCCCACACACAUGCUCUCAGCAAUCACAAGCAGCUUCCAGGUGCUAGGCAGCCUCAUAGAGACAUUUGUGAGGCUGGUGUAUAUUGUGCGCUCCGAGUCCCAGCGCCAGGAGUUGCUGGCCAAGGUAGAGGAGGUGGUGCGCAACUACACUUUCUUGCUGAGGGCUGCAGAGGAGUCAACAGCCAGAAUGCUGAGUCACCACCAGACGGAGCAGCUGGCCCACCAAUCAACCACGGUCGCGACUGUUAUGAGCACAUUCACACGCUCCUUAAAGACACUGAUCAAUAAGUAAACCCACUACAAAAACAAAUGAGCCAGUAUAUGCCGAGCUGCGUGUCAGUGGUUCUUGCAUCACGUCAGUAUAGAGAGAGUGUGUGUCUGAAGGGAAGGCCUACAUCCAGUAGGGGUUCCAGAGGCAAAGACGUUCUUCUACUUCUCUAUUAAAUGAAUAGUUACAUUUAUGGAGUUUGAAGGAAAAACUUGCAUCCCCUAGUUAGCUGUCUAACAAGCCUGUCAAUGGGCUCCAGGCAGCCACUCUGCAUGCUCUCCCAUACUGUCUUGGCAAUGACCUUACCUGAGAGGUGUAAUUCAGUCUCCAUGCUGGUUUGGUUUCAUUUGGUUCUGGGCCUCCCCUGAGUAGAGAGCUGACACUUUUUACUUUGUCAUUGUGCUCUGGGCUAUUCUGUUAGCAGGAACUGAGCUGAGAUCUACUAGCUUAACUUUAGCCAGGAUCUAUUCAGAGCCAAACCAGUGUUUUUGCCACGUAAACAGCUCUUAUGCCUCCAGAGUUGCCCAGAUUGCAAAUGUACCAUUCAGUCAGCAGCAGCCAGAACCUUCAGUCUAACAAUCCUUGCUGAGAGGUUAGGGACUGGGAAGGAGGUAUGCUGUAGGGAGGGUACAAGAAACCUGAUGUUGAGUUGGACUACCCUAACAGAUUCCACAAUCCCAACCCAGAUGUGCAUGCACUAGUACUGAUAACAGGAGAGAGGUAGUGCAAUGUGACACCCCAGAGUUAUAGCUUAAUCUAUCCAAGCAGGGUGCCUUUGCCUUCUUCCUCUACUGGAUGGAGAUACCUGAAUCAAAGAACCUGUAGGGAAUCCAGUCUAUUCUGUGGUUAUUACAAGCCAGAAACUGGGCUAGCAACUAUGGGGAGACCUUCUUUACCUCCCCUCUCCAGGGCUUGAUUCAGCUCUCUGUCUACAGCCCUGUGUGACAACAUGUCAGUGUCCAUAACAGAGAGAGAAACAGAGUAUAAACCCAACUCAUUUGCAUCUGUAACAUCAGGCUGCAGUUCAAGACAUGCUCUGGGGUUGAGAUACCCAGGCUCAGCUUGAAUCAGCCAGUUCCACCUGCCUCCUAUCAGAAGCCCUGGCCCUCGGUGUGAGGGAAUCCUCUUACUAUCUGUGCUGGAUAAAUUGCCAAGAGAAAUGUUAUUUAUUCUGGGCAAUUUUACUUUAAUUUCUGGGCAAAUUUAGUAUUCUGGGUUUUUUUUACUUCCAGACACAUAGUGAAAUGGUGUCUACUUGAUUUCUGUCAUUCCCUUGACACUGCACCAAAUCUAGCUUCUAAACCUAAUGAAUCAGAGCGCCUUAACUGGUGCAUCAGUGCACCUUCCUGUCCUCCACAGCAGCAUUGAGAGGAAAUUCAAGAUCAGGCACCCACCUGUAAUAUUCUACCAAUGCCACCUCAUGCAUACUUAGAAAGACUAGGUCCUGGAAGGAACCCUGGGUCUUUCUUUAGAGCAUACCUGGUAUCGUGAAAAAAAGAGAAAUUAGAUUCACUAGCAGGGGCAGGUGUCACAUAGGAGACUAGUCUGUAAGCUCAGUGAAUGUGCCCCAUUGCUUGCAGAGUGCAUGGAGCUGAUCAGUGACCUUGAAGGUAUGAUGGAUCAUCUCCCACCUCUAUUUUUUAUACAAGACGCACAUUUGAAAUCUCUUGUUCUUCCAUAAGAGUUAUGGAAAUGCACAAUGUGCUUUUAACACAUGCAUCCUCUAUCUAGUGCAAUAACAUUCCCUAGCCCAUGGCUGUACCAGACUUUGGCCAUUGUCAUCAGUGAAGAAGAGAGGAUCUCACUAUAUGGACUGAGCACCCUCUCAUCUCCUGCUUUCAAGAACCAUGUAGCAAAACAUACAGUGGAAUAGCCAAAGCAGAACUUAGUCCAUGGUGGGCAAUGCCUGUUACAAUGCUGAAGGCUAACAGGGAGCUAUGUUUUUCUUUCCUGGUCAAUUAUUUAUUAAGAAACCAAGAGUUCCCCUGAGCUCCCUAUAAUGCCUAUAUCAUUCCUUCAUUAAAUCUCUCAGUCUAAUACAGAGGGUUUUUUUUUUUAUUGUCUGUAUAUAGUAUAUAUAAAUUAAAAAAAUAUAUAUAAAUUAUAUAUAUAUAUAUAUAUAUAUAUAUACAUACACAAAUUUAUGUCUUGUUUUACAAGCAAGAAAGAUUAAAUAUAUUAAUCUUAAAAUCCCAAA